AUGGAUCCACGCAAUUAUAACCACUCGGGGGUCCCGCCUCAGCCCUACAUCGAGACCCUUCAAUCCGACACACCCUCGCACCUCUAUCCAUUCAGCCCUUCAGAUAACCAGGAUGAGAUACAGCACGUCCCCUACACUGUUGACAGACCUGCUCCCACCGCCGUCACCGCCAAUCCUCACAACUUUCCUCAACAGCAACAGCACUUUUAUGAACAGCAUCACAACCCCAUCAUUUACAAUGUAACUGACAACAACAACAUCAACAGUAACAACGAUAACUUUUCUGGAGCGGGAGUGGGACACGCAGUUGGAGAAGGUCACAACAAUACAGCCUUUCAUUCUUUGACUGCAUCCUCUGCAUCUUCGACAGUCCAAGACUCGUCGAUUGUCACAUCCAUUCUCCCACCCUUCUCGUCAAGCUCCGUCCCAGGACCAGCAGAACCAGCGGCCGUCGCAUCCACAAUCACCAGCUCUACCCAUCAGUCCUUAUCCUUCAUGGAUUCGAUCUUCAAAAAGAAACACCGCCGUCGCCAAUCCGCCUCCGUCCCUGGUUGGGACUCUGACGACGACGAGGUCAUGGAUCGUACCACCGUCGCACCCUCCGAACACCCCUCUCAUCCCUCUUCUUCUUCACAGGACCGGAUGACGAGUGAAAAGAGCGUCUGGCUUCAGAAGGAACACGGCAAACAAAAGCGAGUCAAAAUUUGUAUCUGUGUCGGUGUCGUCGCCUGCUUUAUUGUCCUCGGUGCCAUCCUCGGAUUCACCUACAAGGAGCAGUGGACCCGCCACGACUACAGCAACAUCGGCACUCGCCCCAAAAAAGGACCUCGGCCCACUUUUACACCCGGAGUAAACCCUCUUGAGCAACUCCAUCAGACCAUCGAGUCCACGUUCCAUGUCAACACCACCAUCAUCCCCGACCCGAACCUCCACAAGGUCUUUUACGGCAUCGACUAUACACCUCGCGGAUCCCAGGAGCCUGAUUGUAGAGUCAACCUGGGCAAUGUGAUUGAGGACGUCAAGGUCAUUUCACAGUUGACCACCCGGAUCCGACUCUAUGGUAUGGCCUGUAGUCAGGCCGAUGAUGUGAUGAAGGCCCUCCAAUACCUCGAUCUGCCCGACAUGCAGGUCAUUUUGACGCUUUGGGUCGACAACAACAAAGCCUCAUGGGAGAAGCAGACUCGCUCAUUCUGGAACCUGAUCGACAACAGCCUGAUCAUGGACGCUGGCACCUACACCUCGGACAUGCUCCACGAACAAGCCGUCCAGUCCGCAGACACGAUCACCAUCUCUAAGGUCGCCUCUCGCAUCAUCGGCAUCUCUGUCGGAAACGAGGUCCUCUUCCGAAACGAAGAUCCAACCAAUAAGGAGGACCACGUCUCCCUCGAGACCCUUGGCGCAUACAUCCAGGAAAUCCGUGGCGGGCUCAGUGACAGGGCUGCAUCUACCGCAUUGUCCUCGAACCCGACCUACAGUGCGCUCGGUCAACAACUGACGCAGAUCCCUAUUUUCUCUUCGGAUCUGGGCAGGAAUGCACAUCAGAUUGUAGACGAGGUCGAUUGGGUGUUGUCGAACAUCCAUCCGUUCUUUGCGUAUACGUCUGCGAGCAAAGCGGCUGAUUGGGCAUUUGCCAACUUUAAGGAUGAGACCCUGAAGGCAGCCCGUGGUAAACCGGCCAUGAUCUCCGAGGUCGGAUGGCCUAGUGGUCCCAGCUCCGCCGCCCUGGGCCCAGCCGUGCCAUCGGUGGAGAACCUGCAGACGUUCGUCAACACAUGGGUCUGCCAGGCCAACAUGAAGAACGUACCCUAUUACUACUUUGAGGCCUUUGACGAGCCCUGGAAGAACUCGAUCAAUCCCCGCGAGUCCCAAUGGGGUCUCAUGACCGUCGACCGCAAACUCAAAGUCACCAUCCCCAAUUGCUAA